AGAAUACCAGCCAGUAAAAGCAGCUUCAGUGCCAUUAGACUCGUCGUCUCCGAAGAUGUCCCACUUUCGGCAACUAAUGUCUCUUGGUUCCAGAAGCUUUGUGACGCGGGCAUUGGCCAGUCUGCGCAUUUGCUUUCCUAGCUCGUUUACACCGAGCACUUCCGUUUUGCUGGACGCCUACUGGUGGGCUAUCUCCACACUGCUAGGGAGGUUGGAGGUCGUUGAGAUCAUGGGAGCAUUUGUUGGGGUUGUCAAUAGUCGGGCUUGGGUCGGCAUUAACGUGAAUGCAAACUUCCUUCGCCUUGUCACUCAGAUACAGAUUAGGGACAUAUGCAGUGUAAAAGUGUUACUCACAAAGGCCAGGGGCCAAAGGGCUUUACUUUUGCCGAAUGUAGCAGAUUUUACCCGCAGGGUUUGUUUGAGAAUAUGGUUUGGUACGUCGAGGAAAUGGAGGAACGGCAGCAGAAAGGGUGUUCAAAUUCGGGGUAACUGUUCGACUUUGAUGUUGAACCACUUUCAAGAGCUUUGAUCAUUCGCAAGUCUCCAGGCUCUCUCGCCCGCCCUAGGCCUUAGCAAUAGCACCAAAUUUAACCC